AUGUCGGAAUCGGAGAGGCAAUCGAAAAGACAACGAGUCAGCCAAGCCUGUGACUAUUGCCGGAAGCGGAAAUCCAAGUGCGAUGGCGCGCAGCCGGUCUGCUCGGUUUGCCGGCUGUUCAAGAAGCCAUGUACAUACGGAAAUGUCAAGAAGCGCGGACUGCAGUCCGGCUACGUCAGAGGGCUAGAAAGUCUCUUGGGGUUGUUUAUGGAUCAUGUUCCGGGGAGUGAGAUGACGAUCAGGACUCUGUUCCGCAGCGACUACGCGGACGCCAGUUUUGUUGACGGCGAGUUCCUGGACCGCACUACGGACAGAUGGCGCGGAUCGGAGCUGGCAAAGGACUUAGAGCAGUUGUUGACGUCCGACGAUAAUGACUCUGGUCAAGUUGUAUCCCAGGGGAACAAGCUCCCGCCACUCGAGGGAGAACCGGUGCAUGUCCAACAGGAGCCAGUCAUUCGUUCUGGCGAUUCUGGGGAGUUACAAACCAGUGUUGCUCCUCUAUCGUUUAGCUUUCCAGGCAAUACGUCCGCUCUGGUCGACUUUUAUUUUCAGACGACCCAUUGUUGGUUCCCUGUGGUUGAACGGCGUGACAUCCUGCAGACGUUGUAUGACGAUGGAGAUGAUACGCCUGGUGCCCGUAGGGAAGGCCAUCAGCUUUGCUUAUGGUCAAUUAUUGGUUUUACUUCAAGGGCUUUGGGGGACAACUCCUCCAACGCAUGUGCGCCUGGUCCGGACCGAAUCCACGCUCAUAUUUGUUCCCGUCUAAUGUCCGACUCGACCAUAGACCUCGGGCAUGUCCAAGCAGUUCUUAUCUUGGCUCUUUAUGAAAUUGGUCGAGGUGCGUUCGAGUCUGCUUGGGUCUUGACAAGUCAAGCACAUCGAAUGCGCAUAAUUGUGGAUGGUCAGGGAUUGCAGACGGGACGGACUCAGCACGUUGCUCGAGGAUGCUUAUGUCUAGAUACUAUCAUUUCUGUCCUUCUCGAUCAAACGCCCAUGUUUCCUGCUUGUAAAUACGGUUUACUCGCUGAGCUAGAUGAGAAUGGCCUCGAGGAAUGGGAAUCAUGGGCCUCUCCAUCCCAGAGUACAACAGUCACGGCUCGACGGCCGUUGCGAGUCCUCAGUACAUUCAAUCAGAUCACACAGCUGAUGCAAAAACUG